UUUACAGCCCCAUGGAAAGGGUCUAGCUCACUGUUGAUUCCUCCAUCUUAGAUACGCACUACUGACAACCACACAGAGAAACUCACCCCCUGGGUUUUCGAGCAUGCUGACUCUGCCGAUCUGUUCUGUGUUGAUCGCUGGCCCAAAGACGAGUCAAAGGAGUUCCAAGAAAUCUUCCACCUCUUCAACUCGUAUGUCUCCGAGGCUAACCUCUUCGACGCCUUCCUCGCCGAGCCCGACCCCCUUCAAGCCUAUUAUCCCGAAGCCAACCCUAUGACCCUGAUCGCAUUGAGCCGGGCUUGCUGGAAGAUGUGGUGGGGAGAAAGGAGCUUGUAACUCUUCCACGAAAGAGCUGGAAUUAUUCUACGCGAGAGGAGUUUGCCCACCUGAUGACCCUACAGGCCCUCCCUCGUGUUGAGAGAGCUGAUGGAGAGUCUUUAUCGGAAAAUGGGUAUGAGAGGUUCUGGACCUCGAGUCUACUUUCCUGUGGCCACGCACAGACAGUCAUAUCAUAUCGGCGGUCAGAGGUAUGCAGCCAAGCCUGAUGGCGCUAUCACGAUUCGUACUCAGGACCGAGACCUUCCUAUUUUAUUUUUCACGAGCGUAGUGGUUUCAAAUCAGACGUGGGGAGAGUUCCUACGAGAGACUCUGAGUAUCAUGCUCGGCCAGCUUGCAUGCAAUGUUAAAUUAGGCCUCCGUGAUCAGGAGAUGCUUGUUCUUGGUUUCUACAAAAGGCAAAUCUUUUUUGCCCGCGGGUUUUUUUGGGAAAGAUCAGAUAUUGCGCGUCCAUUCAAAGGGGUGUUCGGCCGAUGAAACCUUUACUAUAGCCUUGACGCGAGGAUAUGACCUGUCCUCCAAGAAGGAUCGGGAUGAAGCUGUAGAGAAACUGGUAGGGUUUGUAGAUAUUUUCUCAGUGGGAAUGCACAAAUAGGUAGAAUGCAGGCUUUC